GCCAGGGCGGGGCUCUUUACCCGGUCCGGCAGCUGAAGCUCCGCGCUCGGGCUACCCCUGCAGCGACGCCCCCUGGUCCCGCCGCCGUUGCCACUGCCGCUCCCGCCCCUCAGCUCCCCGGCCGCGCCAUGGGCACCCGCGACGACGAGUACGACUACCUCUUUAAAGUUGUCCUUAUUGGAGAUUCUGGUGUCGGAAAGAGUAACCUCCUGUCUCGAUUUACUCGGAAUGAGUUUAAUCUGGAAAGCAAGAGUACCAUUGGAGUAGAGUUUGCAACAAGAAGUAUCCAGGUUGAUGGGAAAACUAUAAAGGCACAGAUAUGGGACACAGCAGGGCAGGAGCGGUACAGGGCUAUAACGUCUGCAUACUAUCGUGGAGCAGUAGGUGCCUUAUUGGUUUAUGACAUUGCUAAGCAUCUCACAUAUGAAAAUGUAGAGCGAUGGCUGAAAGAACUGCGAGAUCAUGCUGAUAGUAACAUCGUUAUCAUGCUUGUGGGCAAUAAGAGUGACUUACGUCAUCUCAGGGCAGUUCCUACAGAUGAAGCAAGAGCUUUUGCAGAGAAGAAUGGUUUGUCAUUCAUUGAGACUUCUGCUCUAGAUUCUACAAAUGUUGAAGCUGCUUUUCAGACAAUUCUAACAGAGAUAUACCGCAUUGUUUCUCAGAAGCAAAUGUCAGACAGACGUGAAAAUGACAUGUCUCCAAGCAACAAUGUGGUUCCUAUUCAUGUUCCACCCACCACUGAGAACAAGCCAAAGGUGCAGUGCUGUCAGAACAUCUAAGGCGUCUCUCUCCCCUAGAAGGCUGUGUAUAGUCCAUUUCCCAGGUCUGAGAUUUAAAUAUAUUUGUAAUUCUCGUGGUCACUUUCUGUGUUUUAUUACUUCCUCACACUUAAGAAUCUUCCCAUGUCUGAAGUCUUUUGAUUUUGGCUUUAUAAAAUCAUCAAUUUUGUCCUGAAUGACUGCAGUUCUUUUUCAUGCUAUGGCUUCUCUAGCCUUAGUUUAAUAAACUGAAUGUUUGAAUUCCUCA